AUGAACGCUAUUAUUGGUUUAUGUCACUUUUGCGAGGCUCAUGGACCAAGACCACUUUUUUGUACAUUCACAACCGAUGAUGAUAGUCGCACUACGGAAUCCUCCAAAUGUCCUGUUGAAUGUAGCGGUUGCACUUCCCUUGGCCCAGAUACAGUUUUGGUAUCGAGAGAUCAUAAUGGUUUGAUAUAUUGCAGUCGAGAAUCUGUUCCCAAUGACGAUGUAACUGCAUUUCUGCGACAGGCUGCUUUGAGAAGUAUAACUUGUGAAGUAAGCUGGAGUAAAGAUGGUGGCAUUGUGUACUUCAGUGACACACAAGGUCAUGUCUUAAGCUAUAUGUUUCACUUGAAAGAUACAAGAGCUAGAGGUUUAAAGAGAUUGUUUUCUAUAGUAGUACUAAUGAAAGAUAAAAUGUAUCUCCUUAAUAUAACUCCAGUUUUAUCUGAGCACAUGAAGAAAAUAGCAAAGGAGCUUCAACAACUUGCCGAGUCUGUUUACAAUAAUGAACAAAGUAUAUGUUCUCAAAGAGCAUUGAGAUUAAAAACAGGGAAACAUGAUUUUGGCCAAUCGCGGUCAUUAAUGCAAUUAACAGACGAAAAAGACAUUUUCAAAAGGCUGCACACUCACUUUACUUGGAUGUUAAAAACGGGAGCUCUCAUAUAUUCAGAAAACUUAUACACUAGCCAGGAUUUGCUUAACAAAUUACAACCGUUAAGUACAAAAGGCACCAUUUUUGAAGAUCCUUGCCUGUUGGAACCUAUUAAUGAAAGGAUUUCUCUAAGAGAAGUAGAGAAAGAGUUGUCUAAAGAUGUUUUUAGAAUUAUAAUUUAUUGCAUAUUAACAGGCAUUAAGAUUGUGAUUAUACCUAAUCAAACUGAUUGUGAAAGGAUUAAAAAUGCAUUCACAAUCCUUCUUCCAAAAUCAAAUAAAUGUUUGAAUAUUGAAAUUUGUUCAAGUCAUAAUGUUACACAGUCUGCUAAUGUGUGUAUUUUGGAAAAAUAUGAGAACAAAUUCUAUUGCAAAAUGAAUAAUGUCCCAUUGAAGUAUCCCACACUAGUGAAUAAAAUAAUAAAAGCUAUGGAUAAUGAAAAGUUCACCGAUGCAGUCUUGGCUCAGCAUAUGAAAUCCUUGCAAUUGGAGUGGUUGGGUAUAGCAAAAACACUGAAAGCAUCAGUUCAAGCUUCAGGAGAAAAAUCAGAUAGUGUAAAUAACUUAAAGAGAGUAUUAGGAGUAUCCCAAACUGAUGAAAUUCUUGUAAAGCAUUGGAUGGACAACUAUUGUGAUUGA